AUGAUGGCAGCUCUCAAAGAAUCCUUGGCUGGUCCAGGAUACGUGAUUUUGAACACCAUCCGCGUGCUCAACAUCGUCGUCUUCAUCGACUUGAUCGCCGCCUGCAUCGUAAUGCUGGUCAAGAUUAACAUGUUGAACAGUUUCUUCUUCUUUCAAGCCGUCACGCAUGCCGUGGUUGCCCUCAUCAGCAUCUUUCUGAUCAUCUCCGAGCUCCCCAUCUUCCGGGGUUACUUCGACCGCAAUUGGCCCUUGUUCGGGCAGGAAGCGGGCUUCCUCACUCUGGCGGCUACCAUGAUGAUCCUCGGUGUGGCCACCCUGGGCAACUUGAACACCGCGGCUAUGAGCCAGAAGAACCUGGGCCUGGCAUUCUGGCGGAUCGUCAUUUCUUCAGGCGUCCUAGCCAUGAUCAUGAGCAUUGUGAACAUCGUGUCUACAUUCGUCUUCACAGACCGCAAACUCGGCGUCAGCGCCCGCCACGUCCGGGCCUACGGUGCUGUCGCGCCACAGAAGGUAGUCAGUCGCACCAGCAGCCACCGCUCAUUCCAGCUGAGCAUGAAGCGCGAAGACCCCCUUCCCUCCUACGAGCAGUCGCCCUUCAAGCGCACCACGCGCCGUCUGACAGCCCGGUUUCCAUUGAAGAUCUCCUCUCCGCUAAAUAACCUCACUGCCAACAAUGCCAACAACAAUGAUGCCGCUUCGUCUAAGUACUCGCGUGACUCGUCGGGUGUUGCGGUGCCGGAUCUCACGCAUCAUCCGGCUAUGUAUUCGAAUCAUGUGUAG